CCUACCAGGGAGUUCUAAAGGUCCGGCUAUCGCCUCAAAUCGGCCGGAUAUGACACUGACCGAUUACAGAGAAUCCGAUUGUGAUUGAUGACGAUGACGGCUAUGCAACUCUCUCUCUAUCUGGGGCAAGUGAUGUAAACGUGGCUACACUUGAAUCUCAAGAUGAUGAACAGAGAGAGAACAAUGACGAUGAUGAGUUUUCCAUGCAUUGCACUUCAUGCAAAUCCAAGCAUACUGCACAGGGAGAUCAUCGACUUGGACUGCUUGAAUGCAAGAUUUGCUACCAGAACGCAGUUGAUAUCGUACUCGACUGCGGCCAUCCGUGGUGCUUCGAUUGCUUCCAAGAAACAUUUCAUCAAUAUGUCUACCGUGCAACAAAUGGUGAUUUUGCACAGGCCAAGGCAAGACUUAUUUCAGAAGAUAUUCGACCUUGCUGUCCUUACUGCAGACAGCCAACAAGAGGAUUUUAUCUAUCCCAGAUUGGAGACGCAGAUGAGCAGCAAGAGCAGCAGAAUCUUCUUUAUUUAAGAUGUUGUGACAAGACACACAAAGGUUGCUUCAUGACGAAAUUUAUUGUGCGAGGAACCAAGCUGCGAUUUAUCUAGAAAUACUUAUGUUUGGACAAUGCCAUCAUUCCACCAUCUAAUCCGCCUUUUGCAUUACAAGCACAGAAAAUCAACUGCUAAAAUGUAUGUGACAACC